CGCGGCCCCGAAGACAGAGCCGUUCUGGCAGCGUAGCGCAUCGGAACGGUCUUUUCUCUAUCCUUGAGAGAAAAGAAAAAAAGUUUUGCACUCUUUAAAAAAUCUAAUCUUUAAAAGUAUUCGUAGAUAUUGUGUGACUGGUGCUCGCGAUUACGUACGUUUUAUAAGGCUUUGGUAUUUAUUUUUACUUGAAUUGAUUUCUUUAACGAUUGUUCUCGAUUCUUAGACUUUUUUUUUUUUUUUUGAGUGGCAGUGAUUUUUCGUGGAAGGUUUUUCGAGACUGAUUAUCAGUGAAAAUUUAUCAAGAUGGGCCCGUUUCCGCAAGGGAUUUUGUCCCUGUUAAUUCUAACGGCAGUAACAGGAAUUUAUGGAGCACCAGCUAGGAUUGCCUUUGAAAAAUUAACCGAUUUUGACUAUCGCGGCACAACGUACUACAGCGUGCGCAACCUGUCUCUGUACGAGUGUCAAGGAUGGUGUCGAGAGGAAAACGAGUGCCAAGCAGCAGCAUUCUCCUUCGUAGUGAAUCCACUGGCACCAAUGCAAGACACUUUGUGUCAACUGCAAAAUGAAACAGCAGCAACGAAUCCAGCUGCGCAGCCUCAGAGAGCCGCGAAUAUGUACUACAUGACCAAACUGCAAUUACGAUCAGAAAAUGUCUGCCUACGACCUUGGUCUUUCGAGAGGAUUCCGAACAAGAUGAUUCGCGGGCUGGACAAUGCACUUAUCUACACGUCCACCAAAGAAGCGUGUCUGGCUGCAUGUCUAAAUGAACAUCGAUUCACCUGCAGGUCCUUGGAAUACAAUUACGUUACAUUGCAAUGUCACCUGAGUGAUUCCGAUAGAAGGACGACUGGUCAAUACGUUCAAUUCGUGGACGCGCAGGGUGUCGAUUACUUUGAGAAUCUGUGCCUAAAAGGAAAGGAAGCGUGCAAAUCCCAGCGUAUAUAUCAAAUACCAAGGAUAGGAGUGGCCGAUGAUAAAGUUGCUCAAUACGCAGGACUCCAUUAUUACACAGAUAAAGAAUUACAAGUGCAAAGUGAAUCAGCCUGCAGAUUAGCUUGCGAAAUUGAAAAUGAAUUCUUGUGUCGUUCAUUCCUAUACCGUGGCGCACCUCAGGGCAGUGCAUUCAAUUGUCAUUUAUUCCAUCUCGAUCACUGGACACUUCCCGACGGACCAUCGACCUACCUCAAUGCUGAAAGACCAUUGAUCGAUAAUGGAGAACGCGUGGGAACUUACUUCGAGAACUUCUGCGAGAGUCCAGGACCCAUCGGUGAUCCACUUCCGGUUGUCUUCGAUGCCACUGAAGAUCCCACCGUGAACAACCUCACCAGAACCGAUGUGAAUUGCGACAAAACAGGAACCUGCUAUGACGUUUCUGUCGACUGUAAGGAUACUCGCAUUGCCAUCCAGGUACGAACCAACAAGCCGUUCAAUGGGCGAAUCUACGCCUUAGGUAGAUCCGAGACCUGUAACAUCGACGUGAUUAACAGUGAUCUAUUUAGACUGGACCUAACUAUGAGCGGCCAGGAUUGUAACACUCAGAGUGUGACUGGAAUCUAUUCGAACACCGUGGUCCUGCAGCAUCACUCGGUAGUGAUGACCAAGGCUGACAAGAUCUACAAGGUCAAAUGUACUUACGAUAUGUCAUCGAAGAAUAUUACUUUCGGAAUGAUGCCUAUUCGUGAUCCAGAGAUGAUCAGUAUCACCAGUGCACCGGAAGCACCGCCACCAAGGAUCCGUAUCCUCGACAGCAGAUCCCGGGAGGUUGAGACUGUGCGAAUUGGAGAUAAACUCACGUUCAGAAUUGAAAUUCCCGAGGACACACCUUAUGGUAUUUUCGCCAGAAGCUGCGUGGCCAUGGCUAAGGACUCGAAGAGUACUUUCCAGAUAAUAGAUGACGAGGGAUGUCCUGUCGAUCCUUCCAUCUUCCCAAGCUUCACACCCGAUGGCAAUGCAUUGCAGUCUGUAUACGAAGCAUUCAGAUUCACCGAAUCUUAUGGAGUUAUUUUCCAAUGUAACGUCAAGUAUUGUCUCGGACCUUGUGAACCGGCUGUUUGCGAAUGGGGUCGUGAGUCUGUAGAAUCCUGGGGUAAAAGACGUAGAAGAAACGUGGUGAACUCUACCGAAGAGAAAGCCGAGGAUAUGACACUGUCACAGGAAAUUCUCGUCCUAGACUUUGGCGAUGAGAAACAAUCUGAAUUCUUCAAGAAUGAUGGCAGCAUAGAUUUUAAUGAGCCUGAUAAAACCGUGACCAUCGUAGAACCAUGUCCAACCAAGACAUCGGUUCUUGCCUUAGGCGUAACAUGCGCCCUUCUCGUUCUUAUUUACAUCUCCACGAUUUUCUGCUAUUACAUGAAAAAAUGGCUGACACCGCGCAAGAUGAUGCCCUGAUGAGAGGAACCUCCGAAGGAUUUGCCAGACGCGUGAUAAUUGUAUGCUAAUAAUGUCUUUCUAAAAAGACGAAAACAAUUAUGAGGGCACCGCAUCAUUUACACCGUCGAUCGAUCGAUUCGUCUAUUAUUUUUAUAAAAAUUCUUUCUCGGGAAUAUUUUUUAUUUUUAUUCAUUCAAAGGAGUCGCACGCAUCUUCAUCGUUCUAUCAUCUAAAGUUUUAUCGCGACCAUUCCUCGUGCAGAAAAUAAUUAGGAAAAAAGUACGAAAAUUAUUUUUUUUUUAAUUUAUAAUCUUUAUUGCGAUUGUCCGAUAGUCUGUUUGAGCAUUCCAUAAAUUGUUCCUGAUUAAGGCGGAUCGAUCAGUCGAGAUCAUUAGACUCUCUGAAACUGUCAUUACUCACAGCUACUUCUGAUCGGGUUUCAAGGAGCCCUGACUCUUCCAUUAGGAAAGUGAAUCUCUUUCGUUUUACUUUUUCCCUGGCUCUCUCCUAACCCGUAUCAAGACUAGCGAUAUUUAAAGGUACGCGCUUGACUAACGUCUCUAAUGUUCGUAGUGUUAAAUCUAGCUGUUUAAGGUUCUUUUAGGAUAUGGUCAUGUAAGGACCACUCAUAACGUCCCUGGGGAUAAUAGCGUGAGAAAUGAUGACAUGUGAAAAGAAUGCGAAUCGAAUUCCUAGAUAUUGGGGUUUUUAAUCUCCGAGGAUUGAUUUUUAAGCGUGGUCCAUAGUCCCGUUUAGCUUAAGACAAUUAUAAUCUCCAGUUAAUCAGGUAUAUCCAUUGAAUUUAGGCAUCGAAGCCGAUUUUUAUAUGAGAAAAAUAUGAGGAAGGAACGUAAAUAGAAAGAGUACUUUGUCUCGAAUGUUGCGCAGGAGAAUGUUAAACUUAUUAAAAAAUACAAAUGUAUAUAAAUGAACGAUUUUUUUAAAGCCCAAUUUGGCACUCGUAAUGCAUAUCGAUAUCGCUUGUAUCUCUAUUCUAUUUAUACACGUGAUCAAUUCUGAUUAAACAAGAUUUUGGAAAAUUA